AUGACACAGUCAGAUUCUAGUUUAUUUGUUAAAAUAAGAGAAGGGAAGUUGGCAGUGUUGUUGGUAUACGUAGAUGAUUUAAUCAUUACAGGAGAUGACAUCAAAGAAAUUUUUCAAAUAAAGAAAAAUUUAUCAGUCCAUUUUCAGAUGAAAAAACUAGGAGAGCUCAAGCACUUCUUGAGAUUAGAGGUUGAUCAUACUGAAAAUGGGUUGUUUCUUUGUCAACAAAAGUAUGCUACAGACUUACUAAAAAGGUUUGGCAUGCUUGAAUGUAAGCCAAUAUCAACACCCAUGGAACCAAAUGCGAAAUUAUGUGCUAAUGAAGGAAAAGAUUUGCAAGAUUCAUCAAUGUAUCGACAAAUAGUAGGUAGUCUAAUCUACUUGACUAUAACCCGACCUGAUAUAUCAUAUUCAGUUGGUGUGAUAAGUCGAUACAUGCAAAAUCGAAUGAAGUCUCACUUAGAAGCUGUUCGAAGAGUACUCAGAUAUAUAAAAGGUACUGUAAGUUAUGGUCUGAUGUACAGGAAGGGUGAAGAUUGUAGUGUGCUUGGAUAUUGUGAUGCUGACUACGCAGGAGAUCAUGAUACUUGUAGGUCAACUACAGGGUAUAUGUUUAUGCUUGAAUCUAGGGCAGUUUCUUGGUGUAGUAAGAGACAACCAACAGUGUCUCUGUCAACAACAGAUGCCGAAUAUCGGGCAGCUGCAAUGGCAUCUCAAGAGAGCACAUGGCUGAUCCAACUAAUGCAAGAUUUGCAUCAGCCAGUAGACGCGGAAAUUCCACUCCUUUGUGAUAAUCAAUCAGCAAUUCGUUUGGCUGAAAAUCCAAUGUUUCAUGCAAGGACAAAAACAUGUUAA